AUGGCGUUGGUCGCGCCGCCGCCCUCCUGGGCCUCGCGGGACCCCGGGCGCCCUGGCGCAGCCGGCGGCGGCGGCGGCGGCGGACCACUUCAGGUAGGUCCGCCGCCGAUGCCGCCCGCGCAUCUCACGCCCUCGGCGACGCCGGAGGAUAUCACCUGCUUGGUGCCGGCCGGCUCGGUCCUGACCUCGAGAGACCCUCUGCCACCCAGCACAACCCCUGGCAGCCAGGCCAACAGCUCGCAGUCCGGCAGCUCGCAACGGACAAGUCGCCGAAUAUCGAGUGCGUCGUCUGCGGGGACAAGAGCAGCGGCAAGCAUUACGGACAAUUUACCUGCGAAG